AUGCCCCUAACCUGGCUCAUAACCGGCUGCUCCUCCGGCUUCGGCCUCUCCCUCGCCCGUCUCGUCCAAGCAAACGGCCACUCUCUCAUCGCCACAUCCAGAAACCCAUCCCGCACACCCUCGCUCGUCUCCGAGAUCGAAUCCAACGGCGGGAAAUGGCUGUCUCUCGACGUGGACGAUUUGAAUUGUGCAUCUCUCAUCCACGAACUCGAGUCAGCAGGUCAGCAUAUCGACGUUCUCGUUAACAAUGCGGGUUUCUCCAUUCUCGCGCCAGGCGAGAUACUCACCGACAAGGAGUUGAGGGAUAUGAUGGAAACGUUGUAUUUUGGGCCGCAGAGACUCAUCCAGGCCGUGCUGCCGUAUAUGCGGGGGCGACGGAGUGGUGUUGUUGUUAAUGUGAGUAGUGGUGCUGCGUUGGAGGGGAGGGAGAGUAUGGGUGGGUAUGCGGCUGCUAAGGCUGCGAUGGAUGGAAUGGCACGAGUGCUCUCCAAAGAAGUCACCCCUUUCAAAAUCCGUAUCCUCACCCUCUGGCUGGGAACAUUCAACACAAACUUUGGCAACGCCAUACCACAACACACGAAUCCCAUUCCGGACGACUAUGAAGGUACUCUCGUGAGCACCUUUAUGAAAGCCAUUACCGGAGGUAACUUCACACCCGAUGGGGAUAAAGACAAAGCCAUGAAAGCGCUGUACGAAGUCGUCGUCGGUGAAGGCGUGGGUAAAGGUCUUGAAGGAGAGAGGUUUCUGCCAUUAGGAAGGGAUAUGGCGGCGAGGGUUAAACAGGUGCAGGAUCAGUAUAGCCAUACGAUGGAUGUGUUUGGGGGUGUUUGUAAUAAUGUGUAUAGAGAUAACUAG